AUGGCUCCAAAAUUAAAUCCAAGAAGAGGUUAUAGUCAAGUGAAUAUUGAAAACGAAGAUGCAACAAAUGAAGGAGAAGUAGAAACUGUAAAAGCAAAAUGGGAUGAUUGGAAUACUGAAAUAUUUUUGACUAUCUGUGUGGAAGAGAUACGAAAUGUUAGACAAGAGACUGGUCUUGGUUGGGAUCAUGAGAAAAAAACAGUGUUAGCUUCUGAAUCUUGGUGGACUGAUAAAAUUAAGAUUAAUCCAGAAUUUGCUAAGUUUAAGAAUAAAGGUCCUAAAUCUUUAGAUAGGCUUGAACAAUGUUUCAAAGACAUCAUAACUACUGGUUAUAGUGCUUGGGCGCCAUCGGAAGAUCCAAAUCCUGAAGAAUUUAAUCAGAACAAUGAGGAUUUUGAGAUUGGAGAUAAUGAUACUGAAUAUGAAGAACAUGAAAAAGAUUACGAAUCAGCUGCUAUAUUAGCUAUUUGUGGAGUUGCCAAUUAUUACUUGCAAUAUGUUAAACUAUUUUUCGUCAAUUUCAUCAUAUUCUAUCGUGUGAAGAAAUUGGCAAAAAAUAUUAUUAGACCUAUUGAUCCUAGUUUUGGAGACACACCUAAAUAUAUUAUGGAUAACGAUAGAUAUUGGCCAUAUUUUAAAGAUUGUAUUGGAGCUAUAGAUGGUACGCAUAUAGCCAUUCAUGUUCACCAAGAUGAGCAAGUGCGAUUUAUUGGUAGAAAAGGAAAUACUACAACAAAUGUAAUGGCUGUGUGUGAUUUUAAUAUGUGUUUUACAUUUAUAUGGGUUGGUUGGGAAGGUUCUGCACAUGAUACAAUAAUUUUUAUGGAGGCUCUUCGAACAAAAAAGCUAAAUUUUCCACAUCCACCAGAAGGUAAAUAUUACUUAGUUGAUGCUGGUUAUCCAACUUUUAAGGGAUUCUUAGGACCUUAUCGUCAUACAAGUCUCAGGCUAAAAGAAGCUCUUACAGGCUGCAAAAAGCUCACAUCUUGUGAAAGACCAGAGAAGAGAACUACCAGAAUAGUCCAAUAUUCAACCCCCAUUAGAGUCUCUAAUAAUACAGCCAAACCCAAAUCAGGGAAUAAACUUGCAUUACAAUUAACUUUAAAGCUAUUACCUAUAGGAGGCUCCCAGCACCAGCGAUUCUUGAAGGUUUUGAAGGAAGAACAUUGGUGCAUAUAA